CCACUGGCAGCAAGGAUUAAAAUCAGUGUAUCGGGGGAAUCGUAAGGCCUAUGGCCGCAUCAUUGAAGAUGAGUGAUGAUAAACAGGAAACAGAAAUAGAAGAGGGAGCGAACACAUCGACCAACGCCUCCCCGAGACCGAGUUGCCUAACCCCAGAUAGGCAAGCACUAGCCGAUUCCAUCAUGGAAUCGGUCAAAGCAUCCGUUUCCAAGCUCAGACGUGGAGAUCCACCCACCAUCUACAUAGUCCCACAAAUAAUCCGGCGAGUAAAAGAGGUUGCUUAUGAGCCUCGGAUGGUGUCGAUCGGCCCAUACCAUAACGGCAAGGAGAGGCUACAAGGCAUGGAAGAGAACAAAUUGUUGUAUCUACAUUCGUUCCUCUCCCGCAAUCCCGACCAUCGGUUGGUGGACUACCUGGAGGCGAUUGAGGAAUUGAAGGAUAAAGCGCGAAGUUGCUACUCCGAGAAAGUGGGCCCACUAAUGGGCAACGAGUUUGUGAAAAUGAUGGUGCUCGAUGCUUGCUUCAUUGUCGAGAUCCUUCUCAGGUUCUAUCCGAGAUGCCGUAAAAUGAAGUUGGUCAAGCAACAACGGGAGGAGCUCGAGCAAAACGAGGAGGAUCUCGGUCUUAUUUCUGCAAUGAAGAAGUUCCUUUUCCAUUCAAAUGGCUUCGAAGACCCGAUACUUAGUACGAUUGGGAUGGUGUACCUUUUAGGGUGUGAUAUGCUCCUCCUUGAAAAUCAAAUUCCAUUCUUCCUUCUGCAGCAUAUUUUCAAAAUGGCUUGCCCAGUGAAAGUACCACAUUUACUUGAGAAGAUGGCCCUUGAUUUCUUCGAAUCUCGAUCCAUGCCUUGGAAUGAGAAAAUCGAGAUGAAUGAUUCCUACUAUCAUCUGCUCCAUUUGUUUCACUCGCAUUUGUUACUAACCCCAACUAAUAGCAAGGAGGAGCCCAACCUUUCGUGCAUUCCUAAAUUCAAGCUCAAGCCCAACCUUUCGUGCAUUCCUAAAAUCAAACCCGUCCUCAACAAGUUGAAGAAUCUGCUCCCAUGUUCAAAUAAGGCACCGUUGCUAAAUACUAAACGGCGGCGGAUGAUCCCUCAUGCGACUGACCUCCAACUUGCGGGGUUCAAGUUCAAGAAGAAUGAGAAAUCGAAUAACAUCUUGAACGUGAAAUUUAGCCACGGGGUGUUGGAAAUCACGCCAUUCCUGAUAGGGGACAACAGCGAAACUCUCUUUCGGAACCUCAUAGCAUUCGAACAAUGCCGCCUAAAAGCAAAAUUCCACGUUUUCACGACUUACCUUGUGUUCAUGGAUUGCCUUGUCAAUACGUCCAAGGAUGUGGCGCUGCUCCAUCACAAUGGGAUCAUAGAUAAUUUGCCGGGAAGCGAUGAUGAUGUGACCCAUCUAUUCAACCGGCUCUGCAUUGGGAUAUUCCAUAAUUUCAAGGGAAGCUAUCUUUCGGAUGUAAAAGACAAUGUGCAAAAACAUUGCGAGAACAAAUGGAACAAGUGGCGGGCGAGCUUGAAGCGCGAUUAUUUCACCAAUCCAUGGUCUUUCAUUUCCUUGAUGGCGGCUUCCAUCCUCCUCCUGCUCACCAUCACCCAAACGUUCUUCACCGUCUUUCCUUAUUACCGACCGCGGUCCCAGUUCUUGAUCAUCAUGUUUUAAUGGUUUAGAUUAUUUUGAUUUUUCUCAUUUGUGUUUCUCUACUUGUGUGUGAAAAACAUUACUGUCUGAUAUAAAUCUAUCUUCAUUUUCUUUUAAUUAUGGUAA